UGCUGUGAGCCUCUACGUUUGGCCUUUGCCAGAGUAUAAAAGCUUGGGUUGAGCGUUGAAGGGACCAGCACGAGCCAGCCUCCCUCACACGGCACUGCAAGCUGUACUAACGCAGACUCUCCUGAAGCCCCUCACCAUGUCUCAGACCGCCAAGUCCGCCUCCAGCCAGGGCACCGAUGCCAAGGACAAGGGUGCCCCAGCUCCAGCUGCCUCCAGCAAGGCCACCAAGACCGGCGAGCCCGGCAUGGGAUCCUACAGAAUCAUGAUGUUCGACCAGGAGAACUUCCAGGGCAGGAUGAUCGAGGUCCAGAAUGAGUGUAUGAACGUGUGUGACCGUGGCAUGGAUAGAGUGCGUAGUAUCAUUGUGGAGUGCGGCCCCUUUGUUGCCUUUGAGCAGACUAACUUCCGUGGGGAGAUGUUCAUCCUGGAGAAGGGAGAGUAUCCUCGCUGGGAUACCUGGAGCAACUCCUACCGCAGUGACUGCCUCAUGUCCCUCAGGCCCAUCCGCAUGGACAGCCUGGAGCACAAGAUCUGCCUGUAUGAGCUCUCUGACUUCAAGGGCAACAAGAUGGAGAUCCAGGAGGAUGAUGUGCCCACCCUGUGGGCGCAUGGCUUCUGCGACAGAGUGGGCAGCGUGAGGGUGCCAGGAGGAGCGUGGGUGGGUUACCAGUACCCCGGAUACAGAGGCUACCAGUACCUGUUUGAGUGCGGUGACUACAGACACUACAAUGACUUCUGCGCCUUCCAGCCCCAGAUCCAGUCCAUGCGUCGUAUUAGGGACAUGCAGUUCCACCAGAGGGGAUGCUUCACCUUCACCUCCGCCAGCAAGUGAAUGACACCUGCAGGCCGUCUGGUGCUGCCGUAGCCAUGCAGCCCACUCAGCUUUUUAUUUCUCCAAACUCCCCCCUUUUCUCCCAGUCCUUUCCAAAAUCAUCCACCACCAUCGCUCCAUCUCAGAGGAAAGACAGAAUGAGAGCAAAUACACGGGACAACAUUAACUGACUUUUUAUGGUGCUAAAAAAAUAAACAUGUUGUGAAAAACCUGAAA